UUCCUUCCGAGAGUACCGACAUCGGCCUCAUCAUCGGCAUCGUCGUCGCUGUUCUCUUCAUCAUUGGAAUUGCCAUCCUCGUGGGUUACUUGAUAUACGUCUACUGUUACCUUCCCAAGCAAGGAGCGUCAGCCAGGCCUGGAAGCAAGGUGGUCCCCGACACACUGCCGAACACGGCCAUGUCCCAGGCGGACAAGAACAAGAGGAUGAUGUUCACACCUGCUCCGCCAAAGAGUGCUGGUCCAGGUAAGCAACUUUAUGGGCACGAGGCUCCACUCUCACUAAGAAGAGUAUUUUUAAAACUUUGUUUUGAUUUAAAAUUGUUGUUCUAA